AUGGUUUGUCAGGUGGGUCAAAGUGGUUCUCCGCAGGUUAUACAAGCAAUCGACAUUCACCUGACAAUCAUGUUUGAUCACCCUAUACCCCACAACAAUCCCUCACGAUUGUUCAAGACGGAACGGGUGACAAUCAUCCAGACUUUCUCAUCUUUCUGUGCCACUCCUGCUGAUGGAGACUUGGUAGGCAUAACUGUCACCCCUGAUUUCUCUUCUGCGGAAAUGCGAAAGGAGAUGUCCUGUCUGAAAAAGCAACUGGAGAAAGUCAAUCAGCAGGACAUUGUGAAAUUGACACCAUCAUGUCAUGAAGCUCCAACCUUCACCCUGCAGUCUCCUGAACCUCCUGAACCUCGGAGCCGAGAGGAGUUUUUACAAUACUUCUGUCCCCUCACACUGGACAUCAACACGGCACACAGAGUCCUCCGUCUGUCUGAAGGGAACAAGAAGGUGAGAUGUGAGAAGACUAAGACCAAAUAUCCUAAUCAUCCUGACAGGUUCGACUGGUGGGAGCAAGUUCUGUGUAAAGAGGCUCUGACUGGGACUCGCUGUUACUGGGAGGUGGAGUGGAGUGGAGACGUCAUGGCGAUGGGAGUCACAUACAAAGGACUGAGCAGGAAAGGAAACGGUGACGAGUGCCGCCUUGGAUACAAUGACAAGUCCUGGACUUUGGUCUGUUCUCAGUCGUGGUCCUUUGUGUGUCACAGUAGCAUGAUGACUUUAAUCAAAGCCCCCCACAGCCCCAGGAUAGGCGUGUAUCUGGACUGGCCUGCUGGCUCUCUGUCAUUUUAUAGCGUCUCACAAACAAUGACCCUCCUGCACACGUUCAACACCUCCUUCACUGAGCCCCUCUAUCCAGGGUUUUGGCUCGCUCGUAACCCGAGUGUAACAAUCUGCCAUCUGACAUCAUGUGACCACUGA